ACUAACUAAUGGCUACCUCACUAUCAAAUGCAUUACCACAAGCCCAGCAGCCAGAAGAACAAGAACCCAUAACAUUAGCAAAUAAAGUGCCAUCUCCCGGAUCCAUGGGUCCUUUUUUUGCGGUCAUGUCGGUAUUGAUGGUUGUUACAAUUCUUUCGUGUAUGGCCGGAAGGAUUUAUAGCAGACGGGUGGCUGAGGCACCACUAGAUAAGGUUAUGAAGCAUAGAGAUUGUUUUGGGUGGUUGAAAGGAAGAUUAUGGCGAUACGUGGCGGGUGAUGGUGGUCAUGUGAUUACACUAGCCGGAAAAGGGGAGGUUGCUAAAGUAGAAGAAGGUGUUGUAUGACCAUAUAUAUAUACAUUGUUUUGUUUGCUUUAUUGUUGCAAAUUGCAAGCUUUGUAGUAAUUUAGUUAUCCAAGUUUCGAAGCUACUUAUUAUUGAGUAUAUCUAAUUUUAAAAUAGCCAGUAAUAUCGAUCGGUGCAUUAAUAUAAUAGAGAUGAAUCGUUACAUUA